UUAUACUGGAGGCAGAGGGCGGGGUCUCCGCCGUGAUUCAGUGCUGCUGCUGGAGAGUUACCAAGGUCGCCGAAAGACCUGUUCCAAUCGUUUCUUCAGCGAGUACUCGCUAGAAAGCUGCACACCGAGAAGAACAACACGCAUGAUAUAGAUAGCAACGCAAGGUCCUGCUACAGAGAAGGUUUGCUGGAAUGGGUAACCUGCUAAAAGUCCUUACAAGGGAAAUAGAGAACUAUCCACACUUUUUCCUGGACUUUGAAAAUGCACAGCCCACAGAAGGAGAAUGUGAAGUAUGGAACCAGGUGAAUUCUGUUCUCCAGGACUCUGAAAGCAUCCUGUCGGGUCUGCAGGCAUACAAGGGAGCCGGACAGGAAAUCAGAGAUGCAAUUCAGAACCCCGGUGACUUCAUGCUCCAGGAGCGAGCCUGGAAUUCGGUGUGCCCUCUUGUCAUCAAACUCAAGAAGUUCUACAGUUUUUCUCUGAGGCUAGAGGAAGCUCUAAAGAGUUUGUUGGAGUCCCUGACAUGUCCGCCCUAUACGCCCACUCAGCACUUGGAGAAGGAGCAGGCGCUGGCUAAACAGUUUGCUGAAAUCCUCCACUUCACGCUACGCUUCGAUGAACUCAAGAUGAGGAUUCCCGCCAUCCAGAAUGACUUCAGCUAUUACAGAAGAACCAUCAGUCGAAACCGAAUAAACAACAUGAAUCUGGAUAUUGAGAAUGAAGUCAAUAACGAGAUGGCCAACAGAAUGUCUCUGUUUUACGCUGAAGCCACGCCCAUGCUGAAAACGCUCAGCAACGCAACCACAAACUUUGUGACUGAGAACAAGACACUUCCACUGGAAAACACAACAGACUGUCUGAGCACCAUGGCCAGUGUGUGUAAAGUCAUGUUGGAGACACCGGAGUAUUCAAGUCGUUUCAGCAGCGAUGACACUGUCCUAUUUUGCAUGAGGGUCAUGGUCGGCGUCAUCAUUCUCUACGACCACGUUCACCCCAACGGCGCCUUCAACAAGUCCUCCAAGAUCGAUAUGAAGGGCUGCAUAAAAGUGCUGAAGGACCAACCGGCGGACAACGUAGAAGGCCUGCUGAACGCCCUCAAAUUCACCACAAAACACCUGAACGACGAGUCCACUCCGAAAAACAUCAGGACGAUGCUGCAGUAAUGCUUUUUUUUUCCCCCCUUGUUGAUGUUUAAAUCUAAAAAGAUAUGAAGAGGAUCAUUGCGCUGACCUCAAACAAUAUGUAUAUGUUUACAUUAUUUAAAAGACAUGUUAACACUUUGCAUAGUCGUUCUCUCAACAAGUUAAAGGUGCAUGCUUCUUAAAGCAACAAAAAAAGAAGACAGAACUGUUAGCAGCUGAGAAAGAACAAGACAUUUCUGCCAGCCUUAAAUCAUCAUUCAAAUGUGUAACGUCCUUUUGUACACACACACACACACACACACACACACACACACACACACACAAAAAGACAUGCUAUCUAUUAUAUGUGCACACAGAAUGAGGUUAAAGGGCUGAAAAGUGGAAGCAGGUGAGGGAAUUUGGUGUUUUUUGUUCUUGUUUUCUACAGUUUGUGUUGUUGUCUUUCCACUGUGAAUACGAGCGUGCACAUCCAAUGUGCUUGAUUGGAUUUAUAAUCACUCGCGCCACACAAUAAAUUAAUUUCACUAUUUUCUAACACCCCUAAGGCUAGAAAAGAAGUUGUUUUAAAUUCCACGUGUCAUGAUAUAUUUUUUUUAACAAUUUUCCUGCUGUUUUUCUGACUUCUUUCUUGUUAAUAUAUUGAUUCAUUGCCAGUUUUAAAAGGAGGAAAAAAAUGCCUUGUUUGAGUGUGUGAGCGGGUUGGAUUAGUUUGUUUUUUUUAAAUUAUUAACUAGAUUUUUUUCUUUUUAUGUGAACUUUUGCUUGAUGUCAUUUUAUUGCCUUAAAACGCACAUUUUCAGCUACUGUACUCUUGAAAUUGGCCUGCUGUGUGCAACUUCAUGUUGAUCUGCAUGUUAUAGUAUUCACAAUAUUCCAUAUUACAUUGUUUGCUCGUUCCGCUUAUGUUGCGACUCAAACUGGACUGGACAAUCGCAUCACAAGAUGACAUGCUUUGUAAUAAUCCUCUUUUUCUCCACAUAGUGCAGUCAUAACUGAGCAUAUCAUUUGACAAGCCUUAAACAAUCACCAUAAAAGAAGUAUUGUACUACAGUAAAUCUAAAUUAUUUGUGACUUAACACAGAUUUCCAUUGUAAAUUCGUUUUUGUCAUCAUAUGUACACAUGAGCCAUACUUCAGGAUGUGUUGUACUAUGCAAUGAGUAAAAAUUACACACAGAUAAGAUGUACAUUUCACAUAAAACUCCCCUGUUGUGCUCCCGUGUGAUGAAUGCAAGAUAUUUUCUUUGUUUUUGUUAAAGAAGUUGCAGACUGGCCGAUUAUAUAAAUUGCUUUGUAUUGUUUAAUGAAAGGGUUGUGUGAAUUGGAUAAUAAAGGUGGUACAUUUCUUACAUAUAAA